GUCGCAGCUCGAGCCGCAGCUUUCGCGCCGUCGCCUCAGCCGCUCGCUUCGUGGGUCGGUCCUUCCGGCACACGGGCUCCAGCCGCGCCCGCAGCCGCCCUCCGAGCCCUUCAGGCCGCCCCGGUCUCCUCGCCCGGCCCGACCCAGCCCGUGAAGAUGGUGGACCGCGAGCAACUGGUGCAGAAAGCCCGGCUGGCGGAGCAGGCGGAGCGCUACGACGACAUGGCCGCGGCCAUGAAGAACGUGACAGAGCUGAAUGAGCCACUGUCCAAUGAAGAAAGAAACCUUCUCUCUGUGGCCUACAAGAAUGUGGUUGGGGCACGCCGUUCUUCCUGGAGGGUCAUUAGUAGCAUUGAGCAGAAGACAUCUGCAGAUGGUAAUGAGAAGAAGAUAGAGAUGGUCCGUGCUUACCGUGAAAAAAUAGAGAAGGAGUUGGAGGCCGUAUGUCAGGAUGUGCUGAGCCUGCUGGAUAACUACCUGAUCAAGAAUUGCAGUGAGACCCAGUAUGAGAGCAAAGUGUUUUACCUGAAGAUGAAAGGGGACUAUUACCGCUACCUGGCCGAAGUCGCCACUGGAGAGAAGAGGGCGACCGUCGUGGAGUCAUCUGAGAAGGCCUACAGCGAAGCCCAUGAGAUUAGCAAGGAGCACAUGCAGCCCACUCACCCCAUUAGGUUAGGCCUGGCCCUUAACUACUCCGUUUUCUACUAUGAGAUCCAGAACGCCCCAGAGCAAGCCUGCCACUUGGCCAAGACCGCUUUUGAUGACGCCAUUGCCGAGCUCGACACUCUCAACGAGGACUCCUACAAGGACUCCACGCUCAUCAUGCAGCUCCUCCGCGACAACCUCACGCUCUGGACAAGCGAUCAGCAAGACGACGACGGUGGAGAAGGCAACAAUUAAGGCCCCCAGCUGGACUGGCAGCGCACGCUGAUGCUACUACCGCAGUCUUUAUUUUUCCCAUGAGUUGGGGUCGGGUGGGGGAGGGAAAGGGAGCGAUGACCUUCCUAGGGAGAAACCCACGACCUGUCCUGUCUUUGAUCGCCUCUUUGACAUUUUUGCCAAAAUACCACUAGUGGAAAGUCAGGCUAGCUGUGCUGGUAUUGGGAUAGCAGCCUCACGCUGGCAUAUGGACUGUUCUGUAGAUUAAUGCAAGUGGAGCUGUCCUUAAUUUAACUUAUUGCUAGAAAAUAGGGUUUUAAGAUGAAAAGAAAACUUAAACGGAAUAGCCCUCAUUCAGUAAGUUCUGUGGUUCCAGUAAGGAUUUUUAUGUACAUAUGCUCUUGUCUUUUAAGUUCUGGGUACUUCCUAGCUCAUCUGUUUCAGCUGUGCAUUUUGUUUUUCAGGGUGUACUCUACCAGACAUGGAAUAGUUAAAAUCCCAAGCUGAUAGA